AUGCCUCUCUUCUCUCACUACCACCCCACCUCCGCCAACGACAUCUUCCGCCUCCUCGAUGGCUUAACCAGCCAUUCCUCCAACCACAACCAGCGUGCUUCUACACCCACGAACCGCCGAGCUUUCACACCAAACUUCGACGUGCACGAGACUGACGCCGCAUUCGUGCUCGAGGGCGAGCUGCCUGGGUUGGAGAAUAAGUCGCAUGUGAAUAUCGAGUUUACGGACGAUAACACGCUGCUCAUCAGAGGGCGGAUUGAGCGAAGGGCGCAUUCGACCCCGGCUGGUGAUGUCGAGGCGGGGGAGAAUAAAGAGAACGACAAGCAAGAGGGUAAGGGGAAGCAGGUGGUGAAGAAGGACGAGUCUAUGAAGGAGAAAGAGAAUUCCGGGGUGAAAUAUUGGGUGGCGGAGCGGUCGGUUGGUGAAUUCCAGAGGAGCUUUUUGUUUCCUGGGCAGGUGGAGGUGGAGAGUGUGAAGGCGAGUUUGGAGGAUGGGGUUUUGAGGGUUGUGGUGCCGAAAAGGGAGGUGGUGAUGGGGAGAAAGAUUGAGAUCUCGUAG